UGACGGACCGUAGAGGAUUGAACAUUUAUCCUCCUGUAUUUGGGGUUCUGAGAAUAAAACAGCUUCAGAACAUUCAGAAAUAUGUGUUUACAGUAAUACAGACCUGUUGAAUAAGUUGUUGUUGUUGAUGAUAUAAUGAUGAUUACUACGUAGUUAUUCACCAGCUAUAGAGUGAGUUGUUGUUUAUGUUUCUAAGACUGCAGGGUGGGAGAUGCAACAAUGUCCUUGAGAACAACAGGAAGUGUGUUGGUGUUCUUUCUCUGGUCUGUAGCAGUUGUACUGGGUCAGGAUGGAUGGACUGUGACAUACACCACUCAGAGAAUCUGUGCCUUGAAGGGGUCAACAGUGGAUCUGACCUGCUCUUUCAGAUAUCCCAGUGGUCAUGAAGUCACAUCAACCUUCUGGUUCACUAAAAUUGAGACUGAAGACCUAGGUCAGAACCCAGAGUAUGCAGGUCGUCUGGAGUAUCAUGGAGAUAAGAAGAAAGACUGUACCCUGAAAAUCACAGACCUGAGAGAGAGAGACUCAGCUACGUACAAGUUCAGAUUAUUAACAGAUCAGGAAGGAGGGAAAUAUUAUGGAAGUCCUGGAGUCACUUUGUCUGUCACAGGUCUUCAGGUGAAGGUGACUGGUGGACAUCAGGAUAAGACACUGACCUGUAUCACCACCUGUACUCUGACUGACAACCCCACCUACAUCUGGUACAAGAACGGACAACAUCUACAUGAGCCCACUUCCCAUCAACACUCUGUCAAUAGUUAUUCUUCAGACAGUUACUCCUGUGCUGUAAAAGGCCAUGAGGAUCACCACUCUCCUGCAGUGUGUGUUGUGGGUGAGAGCUGUAUGAAUGUGACUUACACCCAUCAGAGUAUCUGUGCUUUGAAAGGGUCAACAGUGGACAUAUCCUGCUUUUACACACAUCCCAGUUGGCAUAACGUCACAGAAGUGUCCUGGUUCAACAAAUGGGAGUCUGGUGUCACUAAAGACCUGAGCCUGAACCCAGAGUAUGCAGAUCGUGUGGAAUACCAUCGACAAACAGAAAAGGACUCCACCCUGAGAAUCACAGAUCUGAGAGAGGAGGACUCAGCUGAGUAUCGCUUCACUUUUAAAACAAACAACAUUGAAUGGGGUCAUAGUUUCCCAGGAACAACUCUGACUGUCACAGACCUGCAGGUGAAGGUGACUCCUGGCACAGUGACAGAAGGAUCAUGGGUUAUACUGACAUGUAGCACCACCUGUACUCUGACUGAAAUCCCCAACCCCACCUACAUCUGGUACAAGAAUGGAGAAGAGCUAUUUUCUGACUCCUCUCCCCAGUAUCAAUACUCAGUCAGUAGAGGAGGUUCUGACAGCUACUCCUGUGCCUUAAUAAGAGGCCAUGACAAACUCAGCUCUCCUGAAGUCACAGUGGAUACUUCUUCUCUGAGCUGCUUAAGGGUGACCUACACCAGUAGAGGCAUCUGUUCCUUGAUACCAUCAGUGGACCUGCGUUGCACUACCAUAUAUCCCACAGACCUGCAGGUGAAGGUGACUCCUGACACAGAGGCAGGGAAGAGGACACUGACCUGUAGCACCACCUGUACUCUGACUGGUAACCCCACCUACAUCUGGUACAGGAAUGGACAGUCUCUUGCUUGGCUCACUUCCCAACAACACUCUGUCUGGAGUUCUGAAACAGAAAGUUACUCCUGUGCUGUUAAAGGCCAUGAGGAUCUCCGCUCUCCUGCAGUGUGUGUUCAGGGUCACAACUGCUGGAGGGUGACUUACACCAAGAGGAGAAUCUGUGUCUUGAAGGGCUCCACAGUGAACAUAUCCUGCUCUUACACUCAUCCCACUAGUUAUAUAGAACAAGGUUCAUUCUGGUUUACACGGAAACACCCUGUAGAUGUCAGGUCAUAUCCAGAGUCUGCAGGUCGUGUUCAGUACAAUAGGAACACAGAGAACCACCACACCAUGACAAUAACACACCUGACAGAGAAAGACUCGGCUGAAUACAAAUUCAGAUUAAUAACAACAGAUGAGGGGAGAUUUUCUGGUCUUCCUGGUGUGAUGUUGACUGUCACAGAUAUCCUGUUGGAGAUGGAUCCUACGUCUGUGUCAGAGGGGGAGAGAGUCACGCUGAGAUGUAGAACCCAAUGUACAGUCGGUCUCAACCCCACCUACAUCUGGUACAAGAAUGGACAAAGUCUGACCAACCCAAUCACCAGUUAUAACAGCCUGAUCCUAGACCCAGUCAGCAGUGAGGAUGCAGGGAACUACUCCUGUGCUGUAGAAGGCUUAGAGAGAAUCCUCUCUCCAGAAGAGACUCUCACUGUCAGAUGGAAACAAAUAUCAGUUCUGACUGCAGCUGUAGGAAUCAUUGUUGUUGUUCUGGUUCUCAUCCUCUGUCUCUCUGGACUCAUGUGGUUCAGGAAGAAGAACUCCACAUCCACCUCCAACACAAGAGACACAGCAGAUGAUGGACAGGGAGACUCUAGUCCAGUGUAUGACAACAUCUCAAACAUGGCCAUGAACCCUACUGCAGCACAGACAGAGUCCACAGACAACCAGGAUGAUGUUCACUACGCCAGCGUCCACUUCUCUCACUCCAAAAACCAGGAAGUGCCUCUGUACUCCACCGUCCAGCUGCAUCAACCCCAGAAACAGGAUGAGGAUGUCCACUACGCUGCUGUGAAAUUCAACCUCCCCAGUUCUGCCACCCAACCAGCCGCAGCACAAGCAGCUGAGGUGGAUGCCUCUGGGAUCUACAGUACAGUCAACAAACCCAGAACCAAGAAGACUUGAACAUAACAAACCAAGAACCAAGAAGACCUGAACACAACAAACCCAGAACCAAGAAGACAUGAACACAAAGGCCCGGAACCACAAACCCAGAACCAGGAAGAACUGAACACAACAAAACCAGAACCAAGAAGACCUGAACACAACAAACCCAUAAACAAGAAGACAUGAACAGAACAAGUUUGACAAAAACCUUGUAUAAAUAUAAAUAAAACCUUGUAUCGGGGGUUUGUGGUAUGCGGCCAAUAUACCAUGGCUAAGGGCUGUAUCCAAGUACUCAGUGUUGUGCAUAAGAACAGCCCUUAGCCAUGGUAUAUUGGCCAUAUACCACACCUCCUCAGGCCUUAUUGCUUAAGUUUAUAAUAGCAAUAACAAACUUCAGGGGUUUGUGGUAUAUGGACAAUAUACUGUACCACGGCUAAGGGCUGUUCUUGAGUGAAUAUGCCGUGGUAUAUUGACCAUAUACUGCAAUCCCCUGGGGUACCUUAUUGCUAUUAUAAACUGGUUACCAACAUAAAUUGAACAGUAAACAAGUAUUUUUGCAUCAUACCUUGUGGUAUAUUGUCUGAUAUACAGUAUACACUUCUGAAAUGCUGUUUCAGCCAAUCAGCAUCUAGGACCCAAACCACCCAGUUUAUAAUGGUAUGUAAUAAUAUUUUCCAUCCAGCAGACACUUUUAUCCAAAUUCACUCAGUCAUUACAGUCAUGUUCAAAUACAUGUAUCGUAUGUGUAGUCCCAGCAGUGUCACGCUCGUUAAAAUGGACGGACCAAGGCACAGCGUUAGUUGGGUUCCACAUAUUUAUUUGCAGUGAAACUUAAACAAAAAACAAGAAACAUACAACAACCGUGAACUAUGUGGUGAUGAAUGAACUCACACAAAACAAUAUCCCACAAAGCAGGUGGAAACAGGGAACCCUUAAGUAUGAUCCCCAAUUACAGACAACGAACAUCAGCUGCCUCUAAUUUGGAACCAUACUAAGAGCACCAACAUAUAAAUGAAAAGACUAGAACACCCCCUAGUCAUGCCCUGACCUACAACACCACAGAGAACCAAGUGCUCUCUAUGGUCAGGGCGUGACAAGCAGGAAUUGAACCCAUGCACCAUGCUGUACAAACUAGGCCACACAGAACUACUCUAUUCACACUUAGAGUAGGAGUUCUGAUCCCGGGUCAGUUUUGCCUUUUAAACUAUGAUGAAUAAGUAGGACCUUAACAUUUAUUUUUAAUUUUUAUUGUAAACAUUUCUGCUUACAGCAUCUUUUUCCCAAAAUGUUAUAUUUCUGAAGUAGGCAACCUCAAGGUCCAGUUGUAUUUUAUAUAACUAUAUAUGUUUGUAUGUUAUAUUUCUGAAGUAGACAACCUCAAGGUCCAGUUGUAUUUUAUAUAACUAUAUAUGUUUGUAUGUUAUAUUUCUGAAGUAGACAACCUCAAGGUCCAGUUGUAUUUUAUAUAACUAUAUAUGUUUGUAUGUUAUAUUUCUGAAGUAGACAACCUCAAGGUCCAGUUGUAUUUUAUAUAACUAUAUAUGUCUGUAUGUUAUAUUUCUGAAGUAGACAACCUCAAGGUCCAGUUGUAUUUUAUAUAACUAUAUAUGUUUGUAUGUUAUAUUUCUGAAGUAGACAACCUCAAGGUCCAGUUGUAUUUUAUAUAACUAUAUAUGUCUGUAUGUUAUAUUUCUGAAGUAGACAACCUCAAGGUCCAGUUGUAUUUUAUAUAACUAUAUAUGUCUGUAUGUUAUAUUUCUGAAGUAGGCAACCUCAAGGUCCAGUUGUAUUUUAUAUAACUAUAUAUGUUUGUAUGUUAUAUUUCUGAAGUAGACAACCUCAAGGUCCAGUUGUAUUUUAUAUAACUAUAUAUGUUUGUAUGUUAUAUUUCUGAAGUAGACAACCUCAAGGUCCAGUUGUAUUUUAUAUAACUAUAUAUGUUUGUAUGUUAUAUUUCUGAAGUAGGCAACCUCAAGGUCCAGUUGUAUUUUAUAUAACUAUAUAUGUCUGUAUGUUAUAUUUCUGAAGUAGACAACCUCAAGGUCCAGUUGUAUUUUAUAUAACUAUAUAUGUUUGUAUGUUAUAUUUCUGAAGUAGGCAACCUCAAGGUCCAGUUGUAUUUUAUAUAACUAUAUAUGUUUGUAUGUUAUAUUUCUGAAGUAGGCAACCUCAAGGUCCAGUUGUAUUUUAUAUAACUAUAUAUGUUUGUAUGUUAUAUUUCUGAAGUAGACAACCUCAAGGUCCAGUUGUAUUUUAUAUAACUAUAUAUGUUUGUAUGUUAUAUUUCUGAAGUAGGCAACCUCAAGGUCCAGUUGUAUUUUAUAUAACUAUAUAUGUUUGUAUGUUGUAUUUCUGAAGUAGACAACCUCAAGGUCCAGUUGUAUUUUAUAUAACUAUAUAUGUUUGUAUGUUAUAUUUCUGAAGUAGGCAACCUCAAGGUCCAGUUGUAUUUUAUAUAACUAUAUAUGUUUGUAUGUUGUAUUUCUGAAGUAGACAACCUCAAGGUCCAGUUGUAUUUUAUAUAACUAUAUAUGUCUGUAUGUUGUAUUUCUGAAGUAGACAACCUCAAGGUCCAGUUGUAUUUUAUAUAACUAUAUAUGUCUGUAUGUUAUAUUUCUGAAGUAGACA